AUGCCUCUGGCUAGAUCAAUGUCCAUAACCUCUCUUAACGGGCUUCCUCAGUGGGAGGAUGAAGACCUACCAGUGGAGGAUCUGCUACUCUUUGAAGUUGCUUGGGAAGUUGCUAACAAAGUGGGAGGCAUUUACACUGUGAUCCAGACAAAAACCAAAAUUACGGCAGAUGAAUGGGGUGAAAACUAUUUUCUGGUUGGUCCCUAUUUUGAGCACAAUGUGAAGACCCAGGUGGAAGCAUGCGAGCCUCCAAACCCUGCAGUGAAGAAGGCAAUGGAGACCAUGAAAAGCCAAGGGUGUCAGGUCUUUUUUGGAAGAUGGCUGAUAGAGGGCAGCCCAUAUGUCUUACUGUUCGAUAUAGGAUCAGCAGCUUGGAAUCUGGACAGGUGGAAGGGUGAAUUUUGGGAUGCCAGUAACAUAGGAAUCCCUUUUCAUGACCGAGAAGCUAAUGAUGCUGUGAUUUUUGGAUCGCUAACAGCCUGGUUUUUAAAAGAGCUUUCCUGUCAGUUUGAUGACAAGCCCAACAUAAUUGCCCACUUCCAUGAGUGGCAGGCAGGAGUGGGUUUAAUACUGUCUCGCUCUCAGAAACUUCCUGUUGCCACAAUUUUUACUACCCAUGCGACUCUGCUUGGGAGAUACCUUUGUGCAGCCAGUAUAGAUUUUUACAACAAUCUUGACCAGUUUGACAUUGACAAGGAGGCAGGAGAGAGACAGAUUUACCAUCGGUACUGUAUGGAACGGGCAUCUGUACAUUGUGCCCAUGUGUUCACCACAGUCUCACAGAUAACAGCUAUAGAAGCGGAACAUAUGCUGAAAAGAAGUCCUGAUGUUGUCACCCCAAAUGGCUUGAACAUUAAGAAAUUUUCAGCAAUGCAUGAGUUUCAGAAUUUGCAUUCCAUGUACAAGGCUAGGAUCCAAGAAUUCAUUCGAGGUCAUUUCUAUGGCCACCUUGACUUCAAUCUUGACAAUACCUUAUUUUUCUUCAUUGCUGGGAGAUACGAGUUUUCCAACAAAGGAGCUGAUAUGUUUCUAGAAGCCUUAUCAAGAUUAAACUUUUUGCUGAGGGUCCAUAAGACUGAUGUUACAGUUGUUGUGUUCUUCAUCAUGCCAGCAAAGACAAACAAUUUCAACGUGGAAACUCUGAAAGGACAAGCAGUCCGGAAGCAGCUCUGGGACACUGCACAAUCUGUGAAAGAAAAGUUUGGAAAGAAACUCUACAAUGCCCUGCUAAAAGGAGAAAUUCCAGACUUGAACAAGAUUCUUGACCGAGACGAUAUAACCAUUAUGAAAAGAGCCAUCUUUUCAACUCAGCGACACUGCCUGCCUCCAGUGACCACCCACAACAUGAUUGACGAUGGCAAUGAUCCAAUCCUCAAUACCAUCCGACGCAUUGGCCUUUUCAAUAACCGGACAGACAGAGUAAAGGUGAUCCUACAUCCAGAGUUUCUUUCUUCAACAAGCCCGUUGCUGCCCUUGGACUAUGAGGAGUUUGUUAGAGGCUGCCACCUUGGUGUAUUUCCAUCAUACUAUGAACCCUGGGGUUACACUCCAGCUGAAUGUACCGUGAUGGGUAUUCCCAGUGUAACCACAAACCUUUCUGGAUUCGGCUGUUUCAUGCAGGAACAUGUUGCUGACCCAGCGGCUUAUGGCAUCUAUAUAGUUGACAGGAGGUUCCGCUCACCUGAUGAAUCAUGCAACCAGCUGACUCAGUUCCUGUACGGAUUUUGUCAGCAGUCCCGUCGCCAGAGGAUCAUCCAACGAAACCGAACUGAGAGGCUCUCAGAUCUGUUGGACUGGAGAUACCUAGGCAGGUAUUACAUGCAUGCCAGACACUUGGCCCUCAGUAGAACAUUUCCAGAUAAAUUCGAGAUGGAACCAAGUGCUCCACCAAAGACGGAAGGUUUCAGGUACCCCAGGCCUUCAUCAGUGCCACCGUCACCUUCUGUCUCUCAGCAUUCCAGCCCUCACCAUAGCGAAGAUGAAGAUGAAGAUGAGGAUGAAAGAUAUGAUGAGGAUGAGGAAGCCGAAAGGGAUAGGCAAAACAUCAAGUCUCCCUUUUCCCUUGGAGUAUUGCCGCAAGGAAAAAAGAAGCUGCAUGGAGAAUAUAGGAACUGA